GAUAUCAGAACCGAGCUACUGCUGAGAGUUUGAUUCAGGAAGAAAUCAUGGUUCGACUAACCUUGGAUCUAAUAGCCAAAAAUAGCAAUCUUAAACCCCGAAAAGAAGAAACCACCUCACGCUACCUGAAGAAAAUAACUCAUAUAAAUUUUUCAGACAAAAAUAUAGAUGCGAUUGAAGACCUCUCUCCUUGCAAAAAUCUUAGUGUUUUAUAUUUGUAUGAUAACCGUAUUAGUCAAAUGACUAACUUGAAUUACGCUACAAAUCUGACUCACUUAUACCUACAAAACAAUUGUCUUUCAUGUAUAGAGAACCUCAGGUCAUUAAAGAAACUGGAAAAACUGUAUCUGGGAGGCAAUUACAUUGCUGUCAUAGAAGGUUUAGAAGGAUUAGAAGGACUAAGAGAACUUCAUGUUGAGAGUCAGAGGCUUCCCCUUGGAGAAAAGCUUCUGUUUGAUCCACGAACUCUUCAUUCUCUGGCAAAAUCCCUCUCUAUAUUGAAUAUCAGCAAUAAUAAUAUUGAUGACAUAAGAGACUUAGAAAUACUGGAGAAUCUUAAUCAGCUCAUAGCAGUUGACAACCAACUUCUGCAUGUGAAGGAUCUGGAAUUUUUACUGAACAAGUUGAUGAAGCUGUGGAGAAUGGAUCUAAAUGGAAAUCCUGUUUGUCUCAAACCUAAAUACAGAGACAGACUGAUACUGGUGUCCAAAUCACUGGAAUUUCUCGAUGGCAAAGAAAUUAAAAAUAUGGAAAGACAAUUCCUAAUAAAUUGGAAAGCAUCCAAAGAUGCCAAGAAAAUCAGCAAGAAAAGGAACAGUAAAACAAAGGAUGCAAGUAACUCAUACUAAGAAUCUCUCUUUGAAGGAAUCUGAAAGCUUGCAGACAAAAAAGUGACAUACCCGAACUUCACCUUCUUCGUAACUCAAAAAUGAAAGGAAAAAAAGUAAAUUCAGCCUUAAAUGAUCUGAAACGUUUGUGUUUGUGUGGUAUUUUUUUUUAA